CAAUGUCAUGCUCCAGGCUGCCACUUGUGCAGACAUGCAGGAGAGAAUGAUGACUCUUAUCGUCGAAAAGGAGGAGGUUCACUUCACCUUGGUCAAAGACGUCCUCUCCUUCCACUCAUCCUUCUUCGCCGGCGCGAUCAGAGCCACAUGGUCAACAGAGUCCAAGGAGAAUGUCGUCAGAAUGCCUGGGGACUCGCCCGAUGUUGUUCGCGAAUUCAUUCGCUGGAUCACCGACCACAGAGUUGGCGGCUACGGCGUCGGCUCUGACAANCCCUCCAUCAGCCCCUGGAAAUACUGGGACUUGAUGGCUGAGCUCUACAUCUUCGGCAACAAGUACAGCAUCCCACGCAUUCGNAAUGUUGCCAUCGAUGAGUUGAUCAACCUCUUCCACGAGCUGUUUGUCUUCCCUCGUGCCUCUACCAUUGAGAAGAUCUACGAACUCACCCCUCUCGGCGUUUCACUUCGCAGACUCGUCGCCGACGUCGUCGUGCUGUCUCACGAAAACGUGGAAGCNUUGAUUGACGGCCAGUCCCGCUUCGGAGACGGCUUCCACCCCGAGUUCAUUCAAGACUUUGUCAAGCGUCUUUACCGAGCCGCGAGCCACGAGGAUGGCUUCCAGUCCCAACGCCUUUCCCGCAAGCAGUGGGGUCUUGUCAGCCGUUGCCAGUAUCAUGUCUCUGAAAUUGCUGCUCGCUCGAAUGGUAAGAAGGUCCGUGUGCAUGCACUCGUUCCCUGCUUUUGGCAUCUACGC